AUGAAAUUUGUUGCAAUCACACUUUUGGCAUUCAUCGCAGCUGCUUGUGCUGGUCCCAUUUCUGUAUCCAAUAACAAUGUUGGUGACAUUGUUACAGUUGGAGUCAACGCAAACGCUCAAAUCGACAGUGUCGUAGAUCAGAACAUCAUUGAAGCAAUUUUGGGACUCAUGAAUCAACAGGCAAUCGGUGUAAGCACAACCGACGAAGCUUCCAAAGCUGCUGAACUCCCAAAGUUCUCAGAGAUCCACUUCAGCCCAGAAAUGAUUGAAAAAGUUAAAAGUUUAUUGAACUGA